CCGGUCGCCAAUGGCCCGGGCCGCCGGCGCUUCCCGCAGGCGCUCAUCGUUGGGGUGAAGAAGGGCGGCACGCGCGCCCUCCUGGAGUUCCUGCGCCUGCACCCCGACGUCCGCGCGCUCGGCUCCGAGCCCCACUUCUUCGACAGGUGGUACGAGCGCGGACUCUCCUGGUACCGGAGCCUGAUGCCACGCACCCUGGACGGGCAGAUCACCAUAGAGAAGACUCCCAGCUACUUCGUGACUCUCGAGGCCCCUCACCGCAUCCACAGCAUGUCCCCGGACACGAAGCUGAUCGUGGUGGUUCGGAACCCUGUGACUCGGGCCAUCUCCGACUACGCACAGAUGCUCUCCAAGACGCCGGGCCUGCCCAGCUUCCGAGCCCUGGCCUUCCGCCACGGCCGGGGCCCCGUGGACACAGCCUGGAGCGCCGUGCGCAUCGGCCUCUACGCCCAGCACCUGGACAACUGGCUGCGACACUUCCCCCUGUCCCACUUCCUGUUUGUCAGCGGUGAGCGCCUGGUCAGUGACCCAGCUGGAGAAGUUGGCCGAGUGCAGGACUUCCUGGGCCUCAGAAGGGUUGUCACGGACAAGCACUUCUACUUCAAUGCCACCAAGGGCUUCCCCUGCCUCAAGAAGGCCCAGGGGAGCAGCCGCCCCCGCUGCCUGGGCAAGUCCAAGGGCCGGCCCCACCCCCGAGUGCCAGAGGCAGUGGUCCAGAGCCUGCGGGACUUCUACCAGCCCUUCAACCGAAAGUUCUACCAGAUGACCGGCCAGGACUUUGGCUGGGACUGAGAGGCCAGGCCAGCCCACGCCCUGUCUGGGGAUACUCAGUAACCUUAAUUUAUGCCUGUCACCCAGCCAAAGCAGGCUGCGCACACAUGCUGGGUAGAGAGAACUAUUUAAGAAAUAAAGUUUGGAUCUGUGUUCUUCCA